AUGGCUAAUUGGACGAAACUUUUAGUUUCGCUAGUGCUUAUGUGUUUUUAUUUACAAAACAGUAACGGCGAAGGCGAGUGCGCUUACUGCGUAGGAGAACAGUUCAAAUGUAUCCUCGGAUACUGUUACUGCGCAGAUGGAUAUGUACCAGAUUAUCACAAUAAAGAUUGCAAAAAAUGUCCAGGGUUAGGUGAAAAAUGUUAUGGGCCGUGUUGCGGCACGCGCAUAAACGAAACUCUACAAUGCUGGCGAGGCAUUUGCCAAAAUUGCUAUGAUCCACACGGUAACUGGAUUUGCAGAGAUACUCUAGACCAAAUAAUACUUGUAUCCGGAUCUCAAAUAAUAAUGGGUAUCGCUCUUGUGCUUGGAAUAAUCGUUACUUUUACGAUGCUCUACAAACUUUGCGCUGUGGCAAAUUUAAGACCGCUGGGAUUGGGAACUCCUUCGAGUGAAGGUCGACUCUCAGUUGGGAGUCUUCAAAUAUACGUAAACGAGCGUUUAAGAGAUGCACCGCCAAGGUAUACAAGGACAGCGCCGUCAGAUUCAUCGAUAUUUCCUCCGACUUCACAGCUCAAUGCAGGAUUUGUUCAUGAUAACAGCUUACCGCCACCGCCAUACAUGCCUGAACAAAAAGAUGAAAAUGAAACAAGUAAUGCUACACAUACACUUCAUAUAUGAACAAAAUUUACUCGAAUAUCCAUUUAUAUUGGGUAAAUAUGUCAUUAAUAAAACUACGGAUUGCGUCAUUUCUUCUUUCUAUUUUACUUUUCUAUUUAUAAAGAAAAAAUACUACUGUGAACCAAUUCACUUUCUUCCUAAUUGUAUGUUUAAUAAAAAAUUACAUUUAUUAAAA